AUGUCGCUGGCGUCGCUGAAUGAGGUCAAGUCCGGCCAGGGCAGCAUGGAGGCCACAGACGACUUCGAACAUGCAAAAGGUCGAGUCUCAAGAAUAUCUGCUACCAGCGGUGUUGAGGACGACAAGGGCGAGGGCGUACAGGUCGCUGCACGCGAUCAGCAGACAAAUGCAGUGCGCCACAGACUGCGUCUCCGAUUGGGCGCCGUCAGCGGGAAGAAGCUGAUUACAGCAAAGAGCUUGCACGACGCGAUCGAAGCUCUUGGACUGACCACCUACACAGAGGAGCAUUGCAACGACCUUGUGAAUCAGCUGGCUGACUACAUUGACUUAAAAUUUGUAGCCAAAGACAAGGACGCGCAGUUUGCUCGCUCCAACUCGCCGGGGUCACACACAGGUGGCAUGUUUUGGGAGAACGAGCGGAAUUUUGGCCGCCCAGUAUGGAACUGGCCCAAAGAGGCUGAAUUUUCGCGGUCCGCGAGCCGGGAGAUCCAAACCAACGAUCUCCCUGCCAAAGCCAAUGCCAAUGUUGUUCCCAUUCAGGCGUUGAUGGACCUCUUCCUCGCGCGCGAUUCGGAUCUUCACAAGAAAAUUUUCGGACCGUUCAACAGGAAGCAGUUCCAGGCCAUGAAAGAAAUUCUUCUGGCUGGUGACACGAACCGGUUGGUGGCGGAGCUGACCUUCGUGCGUAUCAAUGACCUCGCGGCACCGCCGGAGUCCAUCAACCCGCUCAUGUACAUCGAGCCCUUCGUGUCCUUUCUCAUCAUCGCGAACGGCAUCAUGAUCGGCUUUCAGACCGAUAGAAGGUGGGAAAACUGGGUUGGCUGGCCCUACAUCGAAGGAGUGCUGGCGUUUUUCCUGCUCCUGGAGAGCAGCUUGCGCUUCUAUCUCUCUGGGCCUCGCGAGUUUGCCUGCGGGCCAGAUAUGCUGUGGAAUUGGUUUGACUUCUUUCUCAUGUUGACCGGAGUGACAGAUGUCGUCAUUCAGGCAAUCGGUGACCUAGACCAGAAUAUGGGGACGUCCUCCCUACUGCGCUUUUGCCGCCUGAUCCGCUUGGUUCGUGUGGUGAAAGUGUUCCGCUUGAAGUGCAUGAAGGAGCUUCGCUUGAUGGUGAAAGGGCUGGUGGCAGGCCUUCGGACGCUGCUCCUCGCCUUCGCCUUGCUCUUCACGGUUUUAUAUGUGAUUUCAGGAUUUGCGACGAUGACCAUCGGGCGAGACGAUCGUACCGCUGCGAUGGGCCUGGACGAUUUGUUUGCAGAUCUUCCACAGUCUAUGUUCACUGCCUUUCGCUGCUACAGUGGGGAGUGCAUGUCAGCACGAGGCGAGCCAAUUCAAGUUCUCCUGGCGGAGAAAUUUGGCUUCAUUUUCGUCUUCUGCUAUGUCGUCACUUACAUGCUCGUGGCUCUUGGUAUCUUCAACGUCAUCCUGGCGGUCUACGUGGACAUCACCAUGAGGGCGGCAAAGGAAACGGAGGCUGUGACUUCCGAGCAGCAUGCACGCGAGUCGAUCCGAAUUGCUCGAACUACUCGCGAGUUGCUGAAGAAGUUUGCCCAGGCUUACCGCUUGUACCAGGACUUCGACGAACCGGACAGACAAAAGUUCAAGAUUGAUUCGCAGAACACCGUUGCAUACACCGACGAAGACAUCAAUGAUAUUGCCUUCAGCAAGGAGCUGUUCUUGCUUGUCAUCCAGGAUCGCAAUGUGCAGGCUUUGAUGGACGAUCUCGAUCUCCCGCCUGACCGGGCAAACCUCUUUGAGGUCAUCGACGCGGAUGGUAGUGGCACAAUGGACGUCACUGAGCUUGUGCAGGGCAUGCUGAAGAUCCGCGGAGACGUCAAGAAGAGCGACACUGUGGCAACGCUUCUGGCAACGAAGGCACUACAAGAGAUGGUCUCGGAGAUGCGCAACACGCUGUCGGAACUGGAAUCACGCAUGAUCCAGAAUUUUCCUUCAAGUGCAAAGAUGGCCUAG